AUGCAAUCUCAGCAACUACUCUCUGCCAGUUACCGAUUUCCACAACUAUCUCCAUCUCAUCUCUUCACACACUACCCUUCACAUCACCGUAGCCUCUUACCGUCGCGAACUGCCUCACAACCUUCACACUCUAACCCCAUCGCUUUCUCCAUACCACCUCCCUCUCUCUGCGAAAUAGUAACACCAAACCCAUAUUCACCACCAACACUUUACCUCGAACACCUGAUUCAUCACCCAAUGGAGGAACUAUUAAGCUUUCAUCCAAAGCCAGACGAAAAGCUGCUCAAGAAUCACCCGAAGGAAUUUUACACGAAAAAGCUCAGCCAUUGCUCUAAAUCCGGUGAUGUUCUUCAAGCACUUUCUCUAUACGACGAAUCUCGUAAAUCAGGUGUUCUCCUCGAUCUCAACCAUUACAAUAAAUUAUUAUACCUUUGUACUGUUCAAUCUGGUGGUCAUGGUGCUUCAAGUGCUUCUCAUUUGGGUCUUCAAAGAGAGUUUGAGAUUUUUCAGCAAAUGUUGAAUGAUAACAUUCAACCGAAUGAAGCUACUUCCACUAAUGCUGCUAGGGUUGCUGCUGCCAAGGAAGAUCCUGAAAUGGCUUUUGAGUUGUUGAAACAAAUGAAGAGUGUUGACAUUGCACCUAAGUUGAGAUCUUACGGUCCUGCUCUUUAUGGGUUUUGUAAAAGAUGGGAUGCUGAUACAAUGAACUUUGCGGAUAUAGAAAAACAGAUCAACACUUUUGCAAAGAAAGCCAAUGCUGGAACUUUAUCUAUUGAUGAAACGGCUGGAGGGAAUCUUAUACCGUGA